GAUAAUCCAUCACUACUUCCUGUUUCCAAUAUCCGGUAGCCAUAAGCACAUGGUGAAUAUUGUGGACAACGGUGCAACGUGUCUGGUCUUAGGAUGACGAUGGCUAAAUCAAAGAAACGGGCGUAUAUAGACGUUGAGAGCAGAUUUGAGAAUAUAGGAUCGAGUGAGGAUUCUGAUGCCUCGGACGAGGAAGGAAAUUUCUCUUAUUCGCAAACUCUUGUUAGCGAAAAGUUAGUUGAAGAAUGGCAAGAUAAAGUCUCUGACCCCACACCAGCUUUACUUCGUGAUAUCAUCGGGGCUUUUGCUGGCGCAGUUGAACAGAUUCAAGAUAAAUCUGGUGGCACUAAAAUUGCGGUGAAGAACAUCACGGUAUUUAAUGAUCUUGUUAAAUUAUGCCUCUUAAAAAUCGAACCAUCACUUCAAUCAAUUUUGAAUUUACCUCCGACCAAAGACAUACGCCACUAUACAAAACCGAAUAAAUGUAGCAAAUGGAAAACAGUCUCAUCAGACGUCAAAGUCUAUUUAUCGAGUUUAGUGAAAAUGCUAAAGAAUAUAUCUGAAACUUCAAUGAUUGAUAUUCUUCUGAAACACGUUCAUAAGAUGGCCAUAUACUUUUCUAUGUCGAACCGACUGUCCAAAGAUCUUGUUAAACACCUCAUAACAGUUUGGGGUUCAGCGGAAGAUACGACUAGAAUUUUAGCAUUUCUUUGUAUUAACAAACUUAUCAUUAUGCGAGACAACUCGAUAUUGGAAUUGUGCCUCAAAAGAAUGUAUGCAGAAUAUGUAAGUAAUUGUAAAUUCACUUCUCCAACUAUUUUACCAAAUAUUGCAUUCAUGCAGAGAUCUCUCGUCGAAAUUCUGAAAAUAGACGAAAAAGUCACAUAUCAACAUGCUUUUGUUUACAUUCGUCAACAAGCUAUACAUCUAAGAAAUGCGCUAACUUUAAAAAAGAAAGAUCUUUGCCAAACUGUUUAUAAUUGGCAAUAUAUUCGUUGCCUUGAACUGUGGAGUUCUCUUAUAAAUACUUCUCCCCAAAGUACUGUGUUAGAGAAUCUAAUAUUUCCAUUAAUUGAAGUGAUUACUGGAGUUAUUAAGUUAGUUCCGAGUGUUCGCUUCUAUCCUCUGCGCUUUCAUUGCAUUGCUAUGUUAAACAAAAUCUCUGCCAGUACCGGUAAAUUUAUUCCAACAUUACCAUUUAUCCUUGAAACUCUUGAAUAUUUGGAUUUAAACAAAAAGUGUUCCAAAGUUGCCCUAAAACCAAUAUGUUUUACCUAUGUAUUGAAAAUGACGAAAUCUCAGGUUCAAGAAAAAACCUUCAAAGAUACUGUAAUUGAUCAAUUUUACGAACACAUGUUAACGUGUCUUAGCAUCGUUUCCCAUUCGAUCGGUUUUCCUGAGUUAGUAUUUCCUGCGCAAAUUCAAAUAAAGGAAGUAUUAAAGAACUGUAAAGUUCCAAACUACAGUAAACAAUUAAAGCAAUUAUACGAGAAAAUUGAAGAAAAUUCCAAAUUCAUUUCAACACGUCGUAAUACUUUUAGCUUGAAUUUGUCCGACACAAAAGCAAUAAAUUCUUGGGAGCGGCAAUGCAAGGACCAGGUACCACCUAUUCUGAAAUUCUUCCAAGUUUGGCGAAGGUUACGUGAUAGAGAAAUUGCGCAUCAAGUAGCGGCCAAAGAUGCUAUUAUCGAUUUUGGAAAUUUCGAGGAUAUAAGAGCCAAAAAGGAGCCAAUUAGAAAGGCAACACCACAGGAGAAACGAGAGUUUAGCGCUUUAUUCGACAGUGUUGAUAAAUAUAAUUUUGAAGAUAUAUUUAAAUUUGAUUUGAAAAAGAAUGCAGAGGCCAAGAAAAAGAAAACUGACAAUGAUGAGAAGAACAUCAAUGGAAAUGCACAAGGCAAGAAAACAAAAACCAAUGAUGAAAACGAAGAGGAUAAUGGGAAUGAACAAAAAAAGAAAAAAACCAGUGAUGGGAAAAAAAUAAAACCCAAAAGUUUCACUGGUAAAAAAAUAAAACCCAAAGGUUUCACUGGUAAAAAAAUAAAACCCAAAGGUUUCACUGGUAAAAAGAAAAAACUCUACCUUGCUACCAAUGACUCGUAAUAAUAGAUUUGGAGGUUUGAAAAUGAUUCAAAGAAAAGUUGAAACUUUAAGUCUCUCUAUCAAAGGAAGAAUAAACUUGUUUUGAAUCAAAUGUGGCUAACAAUCAGUUUUUCAGGUGGUUACCUUAAUAUAAUUAAGGUAUCACUACCAUCAUUUCAGGUUUCAGCAGGUUAUCUCUUACAAACAUUUCUUUCCAUGUACAAUAAAACUAAAGGAUAAGUGAAGAAUCUUGUAUUUUUGAGGAAAUGAAGUGUAUAUAAAUACAUCAUGGUUGCAUGAAAUACUGAAACAAAAACUAAAUGUAUUGCUUAUAUUUUAAGAAUUACAUCAUUUACAAUUCUUUGCUAACUCAUUAUAAAUACUUUUAAGUUUUCUAAAUGUUAUUUUUUUUUUCUCUUACUAAACAUGCUUUUAAAAUGAGAGUAUUUUUACUUGUAAAUAAUACUCUCCUACAUCAAUAUAUAGUAAACUUAAUUUUUGAAAGGUUCUUUUGCAUUUUUUACUUUCAUCAUUUCAUUAAGUAGAAAUUUUCAAAUUUUGUAUAUUGAUGUAAUUUUUCAUUCUGAAUCUAAUUUUGUUAUUCACUUGUUCUAGAAUAAUUUUAGAAAAGUGUCACAGAGGUUUAAAAUUUGAUAGUUUUUACCCAAUCAGAAAACAUUUGGAAGCUGGCAUUUUUUGUGUGAAAGCUGACUAUCACAACAUUACCACAACAACAAUUAAUGCAUUUUUUGUAGCAAAAAUUCAAAAACUAAAAUUUGAGAUAGGACACUCUAGGAGUUUCUAAAACAAAUUACAAUUUUUGUAUCUCCUGCACCAUAUAAACUCACUGAGAUACAAGUCAAUCAUAGUCCCACAGUGUUCUUUAACCCCUCAUUUUACACAGGCCAUAAUCCCUUUUUUUUUUCUCCACUUGUGUGUGGGUACCAUCUUUUGAGUUGAUAAACUCAACACUGUGGUUCACUGUUCGAUGUUGAAAAUUAUAACCAUCAAUUUCAGGAA